CACUUCUCCCUCAGUCGUGCACUGACGACCGACGUGGAUAUUCUCCUCCUCCUACCACCCGCUUCUUUACUCAACCCCACAACACAGUCGGAUUUCCCAACCUUGAAGCGCGACAAUGCAACCUCCAAAGAGCCUCGCCGAAUUCGUCCUCUUCCUCAUCGCCGUCGGCAUCGGCUGCUGGUUCGCCUUCGUCGGUUAUGUACUCAUACGUCUGUGGUACUACAAAGGCGCUUUGGGUCCUCAACCACGCCGCUACGUCAUUCUGCCUCCGUACCUGCGAGACAAGCUGCUUGUUGAGUCCAGCGAGGGUAGUACCAGCAGUUUAGACGAUGGACCAGAACCCGCCCACAAGAGGCGCAGUCACGGCCGAGAUGAUGUCGACGAUACCAGCAGCGACGGCGCUACAAGACUUCCCGUCAUUUCUGUAAACCGCUGGACCUGCACCGCAAUGGUGGAUCCCAAUGUCGACAUCGUUGACGUCAAGGACGAGACGCUGAAGCGCGAGCUGCUCGAAGAAAAGCGCAUAAGUCGUAUGCCGCAUUUUGUGCAGGACGACUGCGGCGACGGCCGCCUCUUCCCUGACAUCCCCGAGAUUGAUCCCACACUUUUCAGCAACGGAAAUGAGUACAAGCUUCCGCCCUUCCGUUCCGACCCACCCAAGAACUACAUGACCAUGGGGCUGCAAAAGCUGGACCCAUCUACCUGGCUCCUCGUCGACGAAACGUACACUUCCUUCUUCGCCGCGCGGUCUCACCUCCUCGCCACCAAGCGGCCCGAAGUCAUCUGCACUGUUUCCGGGCCGGAAGUUGAAGCUGCAUGUGAAGAGCUCUUGCGGGAGGUCGUUGGGUUUCUGACGGAGGCCUAUCCGGACAAGUUUGAUGUCGUGGAGAGGUCCAGGGGGGUCAAGGUGGUGAGAAAUCGGAUCGUGGGCGAGGAGUUUCGUUUGCAGAAGCCUUGGGAUAGGCACCCUUUAGAAGUGUGCGCGCGGUUGGCCAUGGAGGAUUUCAAUAUUCUGCAGAGAAGCAACUCUACGGGGGAGCAUCGACUAGUAGCAAGCGCCACCCUCUUCCCCGCUGGCUGGCGCCUCCGCGACCGAAUCGGAAAAUCCGUCACCGACUUACACGGGCCCGUACCUCUGUGGAAGGGUAAGCUAUCCGCACCCGUCGAGCACUACUUCACUCGCCUCACCAGGCCCACCUCCAACGACGGACAAUAUAACAGCAUGCAACGCCACACCUUCUUCAUCCAAAUCUCCCCGCACGCCGCAUCCUCGCAUCCGCUCUCACCCACCUUCCCCCACAGCACCCUCCUCUUCAUCCAAUCCGGCAAGGACUUCUUCCCAGGCACCAUGCGCAAUCUCUCCCCCUCCUGCAUUCUCGUCCGCCGCGAACGCCAGACGUUCCGUCGGCUGUCCCUGUCCAACACUGUGGUUUUCACCGUCAAGACUAACGUGGAGAGGCUGGUGGAUUUGGACGGGGAGCAGAGGCGGAAUCUGGCGAGGGAGAUUCGGGCGUGGCCGAGCGAGGUGGCGAGGUACAAGGGGAGGGAUUUGUGGGGGAGGGUUGUGUUGGGGUUCUGUGAGGAGGAGGGUGCGGACGGAGGGCGCAAGGGAGGAAUUGCGGAGCGAGGUGAACUGUUUGACGAAGUGUGCUUGUCAGAGGGGCGGAGGGUGUAG